CAAAUAUAUAAUACUUUUAAAACAUAAUAUAAAUAAGUGUAAAAAUAAUUUUAAAAAAAUAACCUCAAAAGGAAGGAAUUUGGAGUAGGAUUCUUCUUCAUUAUUUUUGCCUAAACCGCCACAGAAUGAUCACAGACAGGAUUGUACACAUAUCAACGUGGGAAAUCAUCAAAUUACACUUUUUAUCCUUCGUCUAUGGUCUCUAUCUGAUAGUAAAAAGAUUCUUGAAAUGGGCUUGGGAUCCUAAAAAGUUCUUCAUAUUAGAACAGAGAGACAAACCACCACCAUGUCUUGUCAACAACAAUCUUGGCACACAUUCCUACGUGAAGAUCAAAGGUGUAAAAUUCCAUUAUGUAGAAGCAGGAGACGUAGAAAAACCACUUCUUUUAUUAUUACAUGGCUUUCCUGAUUGCUGGUUAUCUUGGAGAGAACAAAUACCAGCUUUAGCAGAAUAUUAUAGAGUAGUGGCUAUUGAUCUGAAAGGGUUUGGUGAUAGCGACAAACCAUCUAACAAACGUUGCUAUAAGAUUGAAAUUAUAAUAGACGAAUUGAAACAAUUUAUAUCAACUUUUGAUGUUAAAACGUGUAGUAUAAUUGGCCAUGAUUUGGGCGGUCUUUUAGGAUGGUAUAUGAUUGCUUUACAUGGAGAUAUGAUAAAUAAAUUUAUUGCUAUUUCUAGUCCACAUCCUAAUUUGUAUUGGGAAAAAAUAUCGAAAAAUACCGUAUUUGAUAAAAAAUGGGUACAUUUUAGUAGAUUACCAAUUUUACCAGAGAUAGAUGCAAUGAAAGAAGAUUUAUCAAUUAUUAAUGAUACAUUCCAACAUCUCAAAGUCAAAAAUACAAGUCCCAAAAAUAAUUAUGUAGAAGCAUAUAAAUAUAGCUUUAGCAGAAAAGAAGAUUGGACUGGAGCAAUAAAUUAUUAUCGUAAUCUUCCUUUUACAAGAUUAAAUAUGGAUGUAAGCGAACAACUUUUUACUCAUACAUUAUUGAUAGUUGGUAAUGAAGACCCAUCUGUAAUGAUUGAAAGUAUAGUCCAGAGUUCAGAAUAUGUGGAGAAGUUUAGUGUAAAAGUAAUCACUGAAGCACAUCAUUUCCCUCAUCAAGAAAAACCAGAUGAUGUAAACAAAGCAAUUAUUAAAUUUUUGAUAGGUACUUCAAAUAAUUUAGAAAAAAUUCCUGCCAAAAGUAUGAUGUCAUCUUGGCUAGGUUCAUUAAGUAGUACUGUAAAAUAUGGAAAUCAAAUGUUUGAUGCUGUACACAAAAAAACAAACGGGGUAAUUAACGUUUUACCCAAUAAAAUACUUUACUUAGGUAACACUACACAUUAAAUAAAUAAUAUUUUUUUAUAUAUUAAAUACAAAUUA